AUGGAGAAUGGGACCGAUCCCGUCUGCAUUGCAAAUGAGCCUCCGUUCUCUCACAAAAUUAUCGGAAGCCUUGAUAUAACAGGUAUAUUUCUCUUUGCCAUCUUGACUCUAAUGACACUAAUAGCCAACCUGGUGUUUGUAGAGGAAGUGUUCUAUAUCUACAGGAAAACCCCCUCCUCUAAAAGGACGAUUUUUAUUUGGAUAAAUGCAGCAGCUCCGGUGAUAGCUACUACAUCAUGCACUGGGAUGUGGAUUCCUCGCUCAACAAUGUUUACAGAUUUCACUGCAGCAGUUUUUUUUGCCAUUGUGAUCCACAAGUUCAUGCUGAUGAUGAUUGAAGAGUGUGGAGGUCAAAAGUUAUUUCUCAGGAGAUUUGAAAAUGAUCGUUUCAAGAUCAGCACAGGUCCCUGCUGUUGCUGUUGCCUUUGCCUCCCUUAUGUACACAUCACUAGACGAACCCUGUUUCUGCUGAAGUUGGGGACCAUUCAACUUGCUUUCCUUCGACCUGUGCUAAUGUUUCUGUCAAUAGUGCUUUGGACCAAUGGAAACUACAGCCUUUCUGAUUUAACUCCUAAUGGAGCUGCAAUAUGGAUUAACUGCUUUGUUGGUGUCCUUACAAUCAUUGCUCUGUGGCCAAUUGGAAUCAUGUUUCAACAAGUUCGAGUUCUUCUUAACUGUAAGAAGAUCAUCCCUAAGUUUGCACUUUAUGAGUUUGUCCUCAUUCUGAGCCAACUCCAGGCAGCCAUCAUCAAUAUCCUGGCUCUGCAAGGAAUUAUUCCCUGUGCACCACCUCUGGCUUCUUUAGCAAGAGGAGCGUAUAUGAACCAACAGCUUCUCAUAAUGGAAAUGUUUCUGAUAACACUGAUCUCAAGGGUGGUGUAUAGGAAAAGAUAUGAUGAUCUGGAACUUCCAGGGUGCACUGACCAGGAAACUAGCAACAACAAACAGAACACCAAGAUCAACCUAAAUGGCAAAGUUAUUGAAGAUGGAACCCACAAUGUUUAG